GCUCUAAAAUCGCCAUUUUUAAAUUCGGUUUUCACAAAAGUACGAUCGUCUGUAUUUUCGUGUGCAUUUAUUCAUUUUUUUAAAUUUGUGGAAAUAGAUUAUUCGUCAACAUAUUAUGGCCCCAGUAGUCAAUGCAGGACCGUUGCCGGUUUUAAACAGGCUUAAGCCAAGGCUAUAUUUCAUUCAAAUGGAAGCACAAUUUCUGAAUGCACAAAUUAUUAAUGAUAUUGGAAAAUAUAGUCUUAUAGUAGCAUCGCUUGACAGUGAAAUUUUAGAAGUUCUUUCCGAGAAUCCUUUAUUCAACUCUUAUAUAAAGUACGACCAGUUAAAAGAUCUCAUAAUGAAAACCUGUGCAGAUUUGGAAAAUAGUAAAGUUUGUAAACGUUUACAGGAGGGCGAAUUUGAAGCUGACAAACCUUCUCAGCUACUCCAUAAAAUGCGCGAUUUCGUCAAUGGAGCUGUAUAUGAAGAAGAUCUUAAGCGUUUGUGGUUGGAGAGGUUGCCGGAAUCAGUACGUGGUGUAGUAUCAACCACAAUCGACCUUGAACGUUGUGCCGAACAAGCUGACAAAAUAGUGGAACUGAACAGUUUCCCACGUACAGCACAGAUGCAAAUAACAAACGAAUCAACUACGUGCGAUCUGAACGCGGUUAUGGAAGCGAUAAAAACUUUAAGUAACGAUUUAGCAGAAUUGAAAUCCUCCCAGUCUAGUUCCAUUGAUUGUAAAAUGCAUAAUGAUAGUGAGUCCGCAAUAGACGUAGAAAAUAAAGAUAAUGUAAUCGGUACAUCUGAGAAUAUAGAUAAUAUCCGUGAACGAACAAAGAUGGAAGUACUAAAAGCCGUAAAGAAAAAGAAACUGUCGAAAGAUUUCUGCAACUUCUUAUAUUCUGAGAUGGACAAGUUGGAUAUGACUUUUGACGACAUUCAAGAAGAGAUAUCGAUUUUAAUGAAAGUGGAGAAAAAAAAAAGAGAAAAAAAACAAGAUGAACAAAAGCUUUGUACUCUUCAAACCAUCAGCCAAGAAGGACGUCCUUGCACUUCGCGUACCAUUUCUGAAAGCGAAUAUUCAGUCAUUAAUAAUGACUCACUAUCAGUUUCUAUGUUAUCAUUAAGUCAAGAUGAAGAGUAAAACUUACAUAGUACCUAUAUCUUUUCAAUAUUUAAACUUCUAUAUAUAAAAUAAUAUUAAAAUAUUUUCAUUUCAAAUUA